AUGUUUGCGCUGCGCUGUCGGAGCGGUGUUGCCAGUGCGCUGCGCGUGCGUGUUGUGAGUAGGGGCCUGGCGACUGCUGUUCCCGAGGCGUCGACUUCUGCUUCUUCCACCGUACCGCCUCCGACUUACGAUGAUGCUGUUCCUGCUGCGAAGACGACGAAUGGACGCACGGGUCUCUCAGCUAGACGUCGUCGAGCCGCUGCGCUCUCUGGUUUGGAUUUGAAGGGGGAGGAUAUCCUUACUGUGAAAAAAUGGAACAGGGCACUUCCGAGGCAUGUUAUACCCGCGUACGACCUGGCGCUCGGUGUGUUGGAGGAGGACAGCCGGAAGCUCAAGGCGGAGGUGUUGGUGAAGAGGAAGGCUAUUGAGGGGAAGCUCCAGGCGCUGGAGAAGCUGUUGGCGAAGGGUGAGGGCGAGGGCGAGGUGGAGAGCUUGAAGAGAGAGCUUGAGGCGCUGUUGGAAAAGGCGGAUGUGGUCGAGGUGCAGAGCGAGGUGAACUUGCCGCAGGUUAGGUGGGCUGUGAAAAAUGCGUUGGCGGAUAUGAACAAGCUUUCGCAUCGGCAUUUGAUUGAGCAAAAGUGGAGGAAGGAUGGUGACCUUGACUUGCUGAUGGAACGUCUAUACCAGAUGAAUGUCAUUCCGGAUGUUCUACCUAUUCUUGAGCCAACAGUGGACCUGCACCUCGUAGCCAAGGCGCGUCCGACAGAGUAUCUCAAGAUUGGCAAGUUGCAAACGACCGUUGUCCCUGGAGAAUUCAUCAGGCCAAAGCAGACCCUUGUCCCGCCCAAGCUAUAUGCGACUGUGUUCCACACGGAUGUGCGUCUGUAUACGAUGAUUCUCGUUGACCCCGACGUGCCCAGUCCUGAAACGGCUAGCUAUACCACCUAUUUGCAUUGGAUGAAGCCCAACAUUCCCCUCUCGGCGACAUCUCCUCACCUUAUUCCCGAUCUGAACGACCAUACGGCGUAUGUCCCGCCUCACCCACAGCGCGGUAGCCCAUACCACCGAUACGUCUGCCUUUUGUUGCCCCAGCCAGCACUUGCGCCGGAGGGCUAUACGCGCGUGGGUAGCGUGCUCGCGGCGCGCCAGGGCAAUGAGCAGCCGACCUCGCAGAGGCUCGAUAUCCCUGUUGUGCCGGAGGAAGAAAGAAGGGGGUUCGAUGUUCGGGCGUUUAUGGAAAAGUGGGGCUUCGAGGGCAGGAGGGGUGGUGGUGCGCAUAUGUUUAGAGAGGUUUGGGAUGAGGAUGUGUCGGCUAUCUAUAAGGAUGUUCUCAAACAACCUGAACCUCAUUAUGGCCAGCCACCGAAGAGAGAUCCUUAUGCGCAGAUCAAACAGCAGAAAAAGUAUCAUUUGUAG